CUCUUACGGCUGGGCACGCAGCAGGCAGCAUGGGGCAUCAGCAGCUCUACUGGAGCCACCCCAGGAAAUUCGGCCAGGGCUCCCGCUCGUGCCGCGUGUGCUCGAACCGCCACGGCCUCAUCCGUAAGUACGGCCUGAACAUGUGCCGGCAGUGCUUCCGCCAGUACGCCAAGGACAUCGGCUUCAUCAAGCUGGACUGAGCUGGGAGGAUGCAGCUGUCGCCAGCAGAUCCUGCGGCUUCUUCGGGCCUCCCCGUCCCACGUGCAGCAUCUUGGUGUAGCAUCUUGCAAUAAAUGGUCUCCCUUGCCCCA